CCGGCCUCCCGGGGGAUGGGCCACCAGGAGUCUCCGCUGACCCGAGCGCGGGCGGGAGGCGCGGCUUAUAUAAAGAGGUUAUGUAAAGGGCUCAGCUGGCGCCAACACGUGGAGAGCCACGGGGGCCUGGGAGCCUGGGCCUCCCCCGCGCGCGCCGCUGCCACCGCCGGCGCGGCCGCAGAACCUGGCGCGGCCCGGGCCCGGACCGCCACCUCCCGCGCGGCUCCGAGUCCGCAGCAGCCCCAGCCCGGAGCCGUCCACCCGCGGGGGCGGCCGCCAGGGGGGAAGCGGGCCGUCCGGAAGUGGAGGGGUGCCGGCCAGGUCACAAUCCAAGGUCCCGCUCCUUCGCGUCCCAGGGCCGGACGGAGGGAUGAGGCAGGGGGGGCCCGGGCAGCGCCGUUGCUGCUCCCCCCGCCGCUCGCAGCCAUGGAAACGGGGGAGGAGGACGGCGCCCGCAGAGGAACACAAAGCCCGGAGCGGAAAAGGCGAAGCCCAGUGCCGCGGGCGCCCAGCGCGAAGCUGAGGCCGGCGGCGGCGGCGGCGGCCCAGGCCAUGGAUCCUGUGGCGGCCGAGGCCCCGGGCGAGGCCUAUCUGGCGCGGCGGCGGCCCGAGGGCGGCGGCGGGUCGGCGCGGCCGCGCUACAGCCUCCUGGCGGAGAUCGGGCGCGGCAGCUACGGCGUGGUUUAUGAGGCAGUGGCCGGGCGCAGCGGGGCCCGGGUGGCGGUCAAGAAGAUCCGCUGCGACGCCCCCGAGAACGUGGAGCUGGCGCUGGCUGAGUUCUGGGCCCUGACCAGCCUCAAGCGGCGCCACCAGAACGUCGUGCAGUUCGAGGAGUGCGUCCUGCAGCGCAACGGGCUAGCCCAGCGCAUGAGCCACGGCAACAAGAGCUCGCAGCUCUACCUGCGCCUGGUGGAGACCUCGCUCAAAGGGGAAAGGAUCCUGGGCUAUGCGGAGGAGCCGUGCUAUCUCUGGUUUGUCAUGGAGUUCUGUGAAGGUGGAGACCUGAAUCAGUACGUCCUGUCUCGGAGGCCGGACCCCGCCACCAACAAAAGCUUCAUGCUACAGCUCACCAGUGCCAUUGCCUUCCUGCACAAAAACCACAUCGUGCACAGGGACCUAAAGCCGGACAACAUUCUCAUCACCGAGCGGUCAGGCACCCCCAUCCUCAAGGUGGCAGACUUUGGACUGAGCAAGGUCUGUGCCGGGCUGGCACCCCGCGGCAGAGAGGGCAAUCCAGACAACAAAAAUGUGAAUGUGAACAAGUACUGGCUGUCCUCUGCCUGCGGCUCGGACUUCUACAUGGCUCCCGAAGUCUGGGAGGGGCACUACACGGCCAAGGCGGACAUCUUUGCCCUGGGCAUUAUCAUCUGGGCCAUGAUAGAGAGAAUCACUUUUAUUGACUCUGAGACCAAGAAGGAGCUCCUGGGGACCUACAUCAAACAGGGCACUGAGAUCGUCCCUGUUGGCGAGGCGCUGCUAGAAAACCCAAAGAUGGAGUUGCACAUCCCCCAGAAACGUAGGACUUCCAUGUCUGAGGGGAUCAAGCAGCUCUUGAAAGACAUGUUAGCUGCUAACCCACAGGACCGGCCUGAUGCCUUUGAACUUGAAACCAGAAUGGACCAGGUCACAUGUGCUGCUUAAAAUUCAGGGCUGAGCAUCUUGGGUGUUUUAAACUAGGUGGGGACCCCCAGUCUCAUCGUGUGCCGGAAAGAGGACGGCAGAGUACAGGUGGUGGCCUGGCCGCUUGGCGAUCUCCCGACAGCUGGGUCUCCAGCAAUGUGAAGCUUUUGUUUGGGUUUCUUCUCCUUGUAGUGUUGCUUACUUCUUUGUCUUUGUCCUUUUCUUUUUUAAUUUAAACCGUUGAAACUUCAGAAGAUCAGGAAGCCGUGCUGCGGACAGGCCCCGUUUCUUUAAAGAAGUUCACUGUGGACAGCCAUAUGUAUAAAUAUCCCUGUCGAUCUUUGUAAGGGGCUAGGGAGCGACUUUGCUUUUGUCCUUCUCCCUCCCUCUGUUGUCUUUCUUUUUACACGUAGCCUCUCAGUUCUGCUCGUAGCACCUCGCUUCCCCCGAGAAGGCCUGCUCCCCAUAGAGGAGGUGGAGGGUUCUCCAGGAAAAGCCCGUGGGAACGGCCCGACUCCGGGGGGCUGGUCCUGGCCUCGGACACAAUCAGCAGCGAAGACCCACCGAGAAGAGCACGGUUUGACCAGAGCUGCAGACGGACUCGGCUGAGGGGGUUCUUGUUAAGCUGCUGGGACCCAGACUGCACCAGGACUUAC